CUCUUUGGUAUACCAUUGUGCUAAUAUGUGUUUUUGCCUCCGUACAUAUGUAUUUGUGUUUUUCCCCAUAGGGAAAUUGGAACGAUACUAUAACAUGCCUGGGAAAUCAGUUUAAGAGAGUAUCAUAAUCAAUAGAGUGGACAAUAUUGGAUAUCUUCCAUCUGCAGUACUUAUUCGUAGACAAUAGCUGUGAAGCGGAAAACUGAUUUCCGUCCUGACAGUGAUGUGCUUUGUCUCACGUUAUUAUUUACAACAUAAUUUAAUUAACCAUUUAGUGAAGAUAACUUAGGUGGAUGCUUACUUCAUCUUUAAGUGAAACGAUACAUAUAUAUUGGAGGUGUUUUGUAUAUUUCUUUUGAAUUUAUAUGAUUGGUUGAUUUUAUUGAGAUCUAUUUCAUAAACGCUAUAAAUAAUGGGGUUAUCACAUGGGAAAGUUGUUCAUGGGUCUGAUAAUGGAAUUAAAGCAUACUCACAUGCCUUUGAUCUAAAUGGGUCUCCGCCAGUACUGACAGCAAAUGAAGUAAAAAUACUGAAAGAAAUGUGGAAUACAGUUAAAGGUGAUAUCUCAAAAGUUGGAGUUAUUACUUUUGUUAGUUUGUUUGAGACACAUCCGGAAGUUCAGAAUGUGUUUAUGUCAUUCCGGACCAAGAACACAUCCGACCUCGAGUACAAUCACAUUCUACGUGCGCAUGCGCUGAGAGUUAUGGGCACAGUCGACAAAUGUAUUUAUAGACUGGAUAACCGCGAGAAGUUGCGGGGAUCUGAUGAUGGACUUGGAAUACGACACCAGAACUACUCGGUUAAAAUAGAAUUACAUCGAUCAUCUAUAUUUCAGCUGAUGGGGCCACAAUUUAUAUCUUCCAUUAAACCCCAUCUUGAAAACAUGUGGACAGAGGAACACGAACGUGCCUGGGAAAAUCUCUUCCAGCUUAUGUGUUAUUACAUGAAGAAAGGAAUGUGUAGCAUUUAACACAUGUGAAGUGUGACGACUUGUUCGGAUAUAUACAUAGCAAAUUAUUCUAUGGCAGGAAUAUACCGAAAUGUGUCCUUAUUGACCUAUUUAUUUAACUUCAGAGUGACUGUCGCGAAAGCAGAUAACAGUUUAAUGUAUCUUGGAGUUUGUUUUCGCAAUGGCGAGUUGUAUCAUUCAAAGGUUUUUUAUCACUUUUAUCGAAAAUAAAAACACGUGUGAUAUUUUGUAGUGUAUUUAAAUUACGAAAGUAUUUUAUGUCUGUGAAGUGAUAACAUUGUUUAUGUAAACAUUAUGCUCAAACUGUGCAAUACGUUAUAUUUCUUAAUGUGGAGCAUUUAAAGUACGUGUAUAUGAAACAUUGACGUUAUUUUGUAGCGUUUACAGAAUUAUAGCCGUUGGCAAUGAGGAACAAUCAUUUUUGUAGAACUGUAAAUAGUCAAAUAUACGACUCAAAGCAUUCAAUCAUUUUAGAAGGAACAAUAUCUCACACUUGUUUGUUGUUAUUAUGUUUUAAAAAGUUAUUAUUUUUCAAAACAAUUCAUGACUUGAAAAUAGAUUAUUUUUCAUUGACUCAAAUUCAAAAUUCAUGUUUGUUUUGUU